AUGGACACCUGUUACAUACCGUCGCAGCUACGAAUCGAGCCAAACAUCUGCAGCCCCGACUACGAUGGCAUCGUUUUGAUCUCCGGUACACCUCCAGGGGAGCAGGAGCCCGAGCCCUUCAAGUCGGUGCUUUUCUGUAGCGCACAACUCGACUGUGCCCUGUUCGAGAGGGGAGCCGUCCUGCCGAUAAACCUGCCGGCCAAGCGACUCGUCUACAGUCCCACUGGACCCAUUGACCCCGACUACGAUGACGUCAGGGUGUACACCCAAGCCGCUGUCAAGGGCAUCAAACGUGCCCUUCUAGCUGGAGUGAGAUUGCCGUUGCUGGUACUGCUGCCGGACCCUAGAUUCGAAAACACCGAGCUCGUGACUUUACUCGGAGCUUUGGAAGCUUUGUACGUGCCCCUGGAGGUACGCGAGAUCAGCAACGACCGCACCCACAAGGCCAACUGUCUUGGCAUCUGGAGCCCGAUCUGCAGUAAGAAGCUCCAGGGCGUGGUGAAGCUCGCAGCUGCCCUCGAGAGCGGCAGAUACGUUGCCCGCGACAUCGGUGGCUCGGACCCCGAGCGAAUGGCACCCCCAAGAGUCGAGGAGUACAUCCACAAGCUCUUCGAGGGCACGUGCAUCGACGUCCAGGUCAUAUCGGACCCUUGUAUCCUGGAAAAAGAGUACCCACUUUUCGCAGCGGUGAACCGCGCUGCUUCGGUCAUUCCCCGUCACUCCGGGCGAAUCAUAUUCCUGACUUACGAGCCACGCGACCCUACCUGCAUCCUCGAGACCAUCAUGCUCGUCGGCAAGGGUGUCACCAUGGACACUGGGGGCCUCAACAUCAAGACCGGCUGCAACAUGCUGGGCAUGAGCCGCGACAAGUGUGGAGCCGCUGCGGCUGCCGGCUUCGUGCAGACGGUGAAUCUCCUGCAACCACCGACGGUCAAAGUGGUCGCGGCUCUCGGAGUGGUGCGAAACAGCGUGGGUGAGAACGCCUACGUCGUGGACGAGGUGAUCACAGCGAGGUCGGGGGCUCGGGUUCGAGUUUGCAACACCGACUCCGAGGGCCGUUUUGUCAUGGCGGAUAUUCUCUACCACGUGAAGGAGAUGGCCAUGUUUUCGGUGAAUCCCCACAUUUUGACGAUCGCCACCCUCACGGGGCACGCAUUUUUCUCCGCUGGUUGUGGAUACUCGAUAGCCAUCGACAACUCAGUCGCCAAGACAAUAUCGAACGCCUACAAGUUGCAAGCCUGCGGCGAAGUGAUGGGGGAUCCUUUCGAGGUCUCGGUCCUGAGGAAGGACGACUUCGAGCACCACAAGGGCAAGUGCGAGGCCGACGAUGUCGUGCAGGGUGGCAGCAAGCCCAGCGCCCAGUCCGAGCGUGGACACCAGGGCCCAGCGGCGUUUCUUCUAAUGGCUUCCGGCUUGAACAAGCAUGGGCUGUGCAGCCGGGCUCCGAUCAAAUACACCCACAUAGACAUGGCUGGCCACCUGACCCACCUCGAAAUCCCGUACCACGGGAACCCCGUGCUCGCACUGGGCUAUUGUUACCUGAUCCAGGGCAAGUGCCUGGCAAUUUACACGGUCCCGCCGACCUGCGAAAUAGCACCCUGCGUAGCCGCCGAGAUGGAGUGCAAGCCCAUCACUUGUGUCAAAGGCUCCACCGCCUGCCAGUUGCAAGCCGUGAGAUCUAUGGUUGACGAGAUGGCCCACGAAGACCAGAACUGCCAAAACGAGUGCACGAGGAGCAAUAAGUCCUGCCGGGGCUGA